AUGGAUACAACUGAGGAUGUUGUUCGAUUUAUCAAACGCGAGGCACUGCUGGAUGGUGAUUGUUUUACUUGGGCAGAUAGUGAGCAGCCGACCCGGCCUGAAAUUGACAAGUUUGUAGUUCUGCAGGAAGGCAAAAAAGUUACGCCUGUGUCACAAGUCAGCGUGGAUUUUUUACGAAAACUGAGAGGUAAACAUGUGAAUGUUUACGUUUACUCCUACGGAAAGAAAAUUUGCAACAAGGCUGCACACACCAAGUUCUCAGCACAACUUUUGAUUCCCGAAAAGAGAGAUAGAGCCAAUGCUGACAGCACAGUAUCUCUAAUGGAAAUAGUUUCCAAACUAAAGGAAAUACAUGGCACACACUAUUCAUCAAAUCACUCCAGUUGGGUCAUGUGGGCAAACUACAUACAAUGCGCUCCAGCCAACGAGUCGCGAGAGCGGAUGAUGAAUGAAUGUCCACCGGCUCACUUGAUUUUACUAUUUCGUUCGGUUGCGUUCUCAGAUAAUGAGCGAAUGCAAAGCGCAAGAAAUGGUCUGAAAAUUACGGACAAUAUGACCGACUCGUUCAAAGGCCAAGUGAAACUGUUCAGGGAAGAUUUUGAAACAAUGCGACAAUCGACGAUGCGUGUGAUGGAGCUGAUGGAAUGGCGUUUGAAAAGCUUGGAGGAAAUUAUUGAAUCAAAUCAGCGAUUGGUCGCUGCAAUGACGGAUACACUGCGUCCUGAAGAAAAUGAAGUUAGUCGGGGCCAAGACAUACUCAUCAUGGACUGCGAGGAUACUGAUCACAUGGAUAAUUGA